AACUUUGGUUUUGGUGUAGUUUUGACUUUGCGGGGACGAUUCUCAUUUCUCUGAAAUUGCUUUCCCUUUGAUCGCUGAUUUUCGUUGAUUAUUUCUUUUAUAAGAAGUAUUCUCUGGGUUUUCUUCGUUCAAUUCAAAUUUCGAUUUGGGUUUCUGCUGAAUCAUCGCUUCUGUCGUUUCUGUGUAAUUAUUUCUCAAGACCUUGAGACACCAAAGGAUCAAGCCACAAUGCGUGCACCAUCACUGCUGGCACAGUGCUUGCCUGGCUUGGUGGCCCAUGACAAGGGAAGCCACAGCAUGUCCUCCAUCUCUGAGAGAGAUGUGCAUCUUUGUUCUCCAGCUGUCGAGAUUCUCCCUUCAAAGAUGGCUCACCCAUAUAAGUAUGCCGGAGAGAAUGUAGACUUGCAAGGGCUACAUGUUUUCAAGGGGAGAGUCAGUGUUGCUGACAUUAUUGGGUUCAAUGGUUCAGAAAUGAUAUCCUCCAAACCUGAAGGAUCACUGAAAUCUUGGGACAGCUCUAUUGAUCUUGUUAAUGUUCUUAAGCAUGAGAUUCGUGAUGGACAAUUGAGCUUUAGAGGCAAAAGGGUACUUGAGCUUGGUUGCACCUAUGGACUUCCUGGAAUUUUUGCUUGCCUAAAGGGAGCUUCUACAGUGCACUUUCAAGACCUGAAUGCAGAAGCAAUUAGAUGCACAACUAUUCCAAAUGUCCUGGCAAAUCUGGAGCAGGCUCGGGACAAGCAAAGCCGACAGCCAGAGAGUCCCCUGACUCCAUCAAGGCAAACUCUGGCCCCAGUGGUGCAUUUUUAUGCUGGAGACUGGGAAGAACUCCCCACAGUUUUAUCCAUUGUGAGGACUGAAGGGUCGGAAGUGCCAACUGGGAUGAGCCUGAGCUUCUCUGAGGAGGAUUUCAUGGAUGGGUGCAGCAGCCAUGAUGGUAGCCUUACAGGACAUGAAUUUUCCUCAAGGCGAUCAAGGAAGCUCUCUGGAAGCAGAGCAUGGGAGAGGGCUAGUGAGAUGGAUUCUGGUGAAGGUGGCUAUGAUGUUAUUCUGAUGACUGAGAUCCCAUACUCGGUGACCUCACUGAAGAAGUUGUAUGCACUGAUAAAAAAGUGUUUGAGGCCUCCUUAUGGAGUAAUAUACUUGGCCACAAAGAAGAACUACGUCGGCUUCAACAAUGGAGCACGAGUUUUGAGAAAUCUGGUAGAUGAGGAAGGUUUUUUUGGAGUACAUUUAGUUAAAGAGAUGUCUGAUAGAGAUGUAUGGAAGUUCUUUCUCAAGUGAAUAUUAGAACCCUGCAAAACACGCUACACUAUUAAAAUUUGUCAUUUAUUCAACAUGUUUCUAUCUGUAUAAUUUCACAAGCCUCUUUUUUUCUUUUGGUUAGUAAUAAUGGAGUCAGGAGUCGAAAAUCUAGUAGUUGGGAUUCUAUUUUGUUGUCAUCCCUCGUGUCUCAUCUGUUUAUUUUUUGUAUGAAUUCCAUUUGUAAUUGUAAAUCAAAUGAUUCAGUAAAUUUAAGGUUGAAAUUUCUGUUCAAAUUUCAAAUUCAUGACA